CACCAUGUACGAUCGAACAUCCAGCGUGAAGAGGAGCUACCCGAGAAACUACAAUCAUGAGGACGAUCUGAAAUACACGCUGGAGAUGUGCCAAUGGCUGCUGAAGCCGCUCGGCGUGUGGACGCUGAUCUACCAUCGCGUCAGCAAUUUGGAGAGAGCUGUCUCGAUGAUAGUGCUGUUCCUCUGCUUCUUCACUCUAUUCUUCCUGAUUGUGCCGACAAUCUACAAUGUCUGCUAUGUGGAGGAAAACGUGGAGGUCAAAGUGAAGCUCUUGGGUCCAAUCGGUUUCUGCGUGUUCUCCACGGUGAAAUACUGUUACAUCUGUGCGAAGAGAAAUCCCUUGGGCCGGUGCAUCGAACACGUGGAGAGGGAUUGGAGAACGGUGGGGGACAAGGACCACCGUGCCAUCAUGCUGAAGCAAGCGGGCAUCAGCAGACGCCUGAUCAUCAUCUGCAUCGUCUUCUUCUAUUCCGGAGGCAUGUCCUAUCAGACGCUGAUGCAGUUCUCCUCGAAGCUCACGCAGCAAUCCAACGUUACCGUGCGACCGCUCUCUUACCCUGCCUUCGAGUUCCUCGACGUCCAGUCCAGUCCUACCUACGAGAUCGUGUUCUUUCUUCAGACCGUCGCAGCGUUGAUCGUGCUCAACGCCACGAUAGCUGCGUACAGUAUGACUGCGACCUUCGUCACGCAUAUCUGCGGACAGAUUCAGAUCCAGAUAUCACGGUUGGAGAACUUGAUCGGGGAAAGACCGGGGAAGAAGAGUUUCCAGGAACGUAUGACGGUCAUCGUUAACGAUCACGUCGAGGUGUUGAGGUUUUCUAAGAACGUUGACGAAGCUUUGUGCGAAAUAUGCUUGACAGAAAUCGUUGCGUCAACACUUGUUAUGUGUUGUGCUGAGUACUACUGUCUGUUGGAAUGGAGGAAUAGUGACAUGAUCGCGGCAGCCACGUAUUUCAUGCUGUUGACAUCCUUCACAUUCAAUGUAUUAAUAUAUUGUUACGCAGGUCAACUUCUAACCGAUCAGUGCAGUCAAGUGGGUGGAGCUUCCUACAACGUACAGUGGUACAAUUUACCAGCCAGGAAGGCUAACAGUUUCGUCCUACUGGAGGCCAUAUCCCUCUACCCUCCUAAACUCACCGCUGGCAAAAUAAUUAACCUCACUAUAAACACGUUCGGUGUUGUGGUGAAGACAUCUGUAGUUUACUUCAAUCUGCUUCGGGCGGUUACCGAUUGAUUUCCGCUGCGACGUAUUCAUAGAACAUUUAGUGAAACGUAUUCAUCCUGAGAAGGCGUUCCCAC